AUGAUGUAUUAUUCGUAUAAUAGCGAUUACGGUACUGUUGGGCUUCCAACUGAUCACAAUUUAAAAAGGAUAUCUAAAAAUGCGUCAGCUAUCUCAGAAUUUAAAUAUGUACGGCCAGUGACCAGAGUGAAGAAAGGAAAUAAAUGGAUCGUUGUGACAAGUAUAAGCUAUCCGACUGAAGAUGUCAAAAGACUCGCAUCUAUUGAAGACUGGAAUUUAGUAGUUGUUGCGGAUACCAAGACACCUAUUGAUUGGAAGUUGGAUGACGUUCAUUUUUUAUCCGUUUUAUAUCAGAAAACAUUACCAUUUUCGUUGUCUUAUUCACUUCCUUACAAGUCUUAUACAAGGAAAAACAUAGGAUAUUUGUAUGCAAUUGCUCAAGGAGCCGAGUGGAUUUACGAUACAGACGAUGACAAUAAACCUUAUGAUAAACGAGGACUGGACCAAUUUGAUUACGAUGAAAUCAUAUCGGGAGUACGGUUUCAAGUGAAAAAUUCCGAAGCUGGAGUACUGGAACGUCUGUUCAAUCCAUAUCGUUUCUACGGAAUGGAUCAGAUGUGGCCAAGAGGGUUUCCAUUAGAGCACAUAGAAAAACAUUCAAAUGGAAAAGAGCAGCAGGCACUGUGCUAUAAAAUGAAGAGAUCAGCCGUACAGCAAGGACUAGUUCAUCAUGAUCCAGAUGUUGAUGCUGUUUAUAGACUGCUGCAUGCAGAUUCAAAAAGUGGAUUAGAUAUUAAGUUCAACACGUUUACACCUCCCAUCACAUUAUCAGUAGGAACCUACUCUCCAUGGAAUUCCCAAAAUACUUUGUUUCAUAAAUCAGCAUUCCACACAUUAUUUCUUCCGACAACUGUUUCUUUCAGAAAUGCCCAUGAUUAUUUGAAAGACUUCAAAGAUGAGAAACAAGUAUACGAAGAUUCGGGAAAAAUGAUUGAGUUUUUGAGCAAUUGGAAAUGUUCGAACGGAAAUAGUUUGGAAGGGUGCAUCAAUGACUUGUUGAAAGAUUUAGUCACGAAUAAUCUUUGGGAUAAAGAAGAUUUCAAACUGAUGUCAUUUUUCUUGAAUGAUCUGAAAUAUAUGGGAUUCGAGUUCCCCGAACUAAUCGGAGAAAACUAUCAAGAUCCAUAUACUGCAUCAAAUAAUGAAGAGGAUAGAAAUGUGAAUUGCAGACGGAUGAAUUUAGAGUUUGAUGUUGUGGAUCCGCGAGAAUAUCAACACCAGAAUGUAUAUAAAGCGGAACAAAAAUUAAACUACUUUGGAGACUUGGUUGAAUGGUGUAAUGAAGCAGGAUAUCACAAUUUAUCAAAACAAUUUCCAUCUGCCAAUCAACUUGCCAAGAAGCAUGACGAGUCGUAUGUUUUGCAAAAGGACAAAGAUAGUGUACUGAUUGUUGUGAACAACUAUCCAUGGAAGUACGGACAUGGAAUAAUUCAACGACUCUAUCAACCCUACUUUGCAUCUGUUGUAUUCUGUGGUCCCUGGUAUCCUGAUUUAAUAAUUGAGCAAGAUAAUUUCACUUCAACCAUCAAUCCAAUCAACUACAUCCACAUAAAUCCAGUUGAACUCAGAAGAGGAUACUAUGGAUAUCACUGUGUUUCUCUUGUUAAAGAAAUGAGAUUCAACAACGUGAGAGGAUAUUUUGUAAUGUCUGAUGACGCCAUUUUCAAUCUUUGGCAACGAAUUGACUAUUCGAGAGUUCAUAGUGUGACUGGAGUCAAUCAUGAAAAUGACCCUGCUUGGUGGUUUAAUCGUGACUACGGUAUGCUUUAUUUAAAUGGAAAACAGGACUUUGUGACUCGCAAGAUUGAAUUUACAGGAAUUGUUGCUGCGCGAAAAAUUGUGAAAUCAAUAAACACUAACUCUGACCCAAAAGUUUCGGAGACAUGGAAGAGGUUUUCGGAUGGACUUGAAGCCAAUGGAUAUGUCAGAAAAGGAUGGUCUGUCAAUCAGGAAAUGACAUCGGGAAGUGGAAGAAGUGAAGCAGAUUUCUUUUAUGUUCCGAGUUCUGAAAUUAAUUAUUUUGGAAGUCUAAUGAGAAUCUUCUACCAACACAACUUUUUCUUGGAGUUAGCAAUUAACAAGUUCUUGAAAUCAGUUCGUCAUCAAACAUCGCUCAUUCGUUCUUCCAGUUAUAUCUGGCUUGAAAAACGGGAUCAUUGGGCAGAAGUGUACAAUAAAAAUAUGGUUGGUUUCCAUCCAGUAAAACUGAGCAAUUUCCAAAAACCCGGUGAAAAAAGAAAAAAGUAUUGUGAGGCAUUUCUUCAACUUUGGUUCGAUAUCAUCUUCGGAGGAUCCCAAAAUUUUACAGUAAAAGCGGAAGACGAUGCGGAUUUCAAAAAUGGUUAA